UUCUUACAUCAUGAGUUGCGGGGUUUACAUGGCAACGGUAAUUUGUAUACAAACAGGAAUUCGUUCGUACCUGGUGAGCAUAUGACUACCAGGCAAUUGUCAACUUCUACAUCUGUAAAUCUGUUCCUUCUUGAGAAUCAAUCUUACCAAAUUGCUAAUCAUGGACCUUGAUAGACCCACGACUGGCAGAGGUGGUGAGAGGCCACUGACGCGUUGGAGAAGAGAGCAGGAAGACGUUUCCAGGCCACAGAGUAGAAUUGAGAGACCUUCUUCGAGGAGAGGGGCCAAAAUGGACAACCAGGAUAUUACUAUAUCGAGUGGCUAUCGCUCAGCAACCGCUGCAACUCCUGGUAGAAGCGUGGUAGGCCGACCACCUUCUGCUUCGGCGUUCUCUGCUAGAGUUCUUAGUUCCGCUACCUCCCGGGUCAGCACUACUAGCGGUGGUUCUUUUGCUGUCCAAGGAAGACUUGGAACUGGCCUUCCACCUGCAGCUCAAGUCAAUCUAGUUGACAGACCGAUUACACAGCAAGGAAUUGCGGGGCUUCGGCCUGGGACUAACAGGGGACUGCCCAUGACCAGACAAGUUCAGGAUCGAAGAUACUACGAAGGUCUCCUACAGUUGAAGAUACGAGAACUUACACAAGAAAUUGCAGUCAUAGCGCGACAAGUCGACAGUCAGAGUAGAGAAAGAGCAACUUUUCUUCACUACGAUAAACGAGCCAAAGAAUUAGCAGCAGAGCUUACAGAUUUGCAAGGGCAACUGGCCGACUAUAAUAUUGUUGUUGAUAAAAUGACUUUAGACCCUGACAAAGACUCUCUGGAAAUAGAAGCAAAGUCUUUGUCUGUCAAAAACGACCAAACUAUGGCUGAGAUAGAAAAUUUAUUUGCUCAUCGUCAGCAAAAAGAGCAAGAGCUUCGAGCCAUCGAGAGGGAAGUAGACAUGGAAAAGAAAAAUGCAGAGAGUAUAGUCGAAGGAAUGACUAUUGAGCAGCGUGCUAAGUACAAUGAUCUGACAAAACAAAAAAUUGAACUGCAGAGUACUAUAGAUGCUAUGCAAACAGAGCUGGAUCGACUAUCUAACGAAAAGUCGACCAUGGAAGAGCAGAUUGCACUUUCGCAGGUAAAGCAGGAGGCCGUCAAGCUUCUUGUUAAGAUUUCAGAGGUUGAAGGAAAACGCGACAAACUACGAGAAGAAGAGAAGAAUAGACUGUCGCCAGAGGAAGAGCGAAUUCAACUCCUGGCUAAGGUGAAGCAGGAUAACGCAGACGUCGCUGCAGCUGAGAGGCAAACAGCUGAACUUAAAAGACGUAUAGCUGAGGCUGAGCAGGAGCUAGAACAGUUGGAAACAGAUCUCGAAGAGAGCCAGUCAGCGAGGCAUGUAAAGUACAAAGAGAUGCGAAAGCGAGAGGAGGCAAUGGAACAAUUUAUGGCUACCUUUGGUAGGAGCAAACACGAAGAGCUAGAGAGACUUGAUAAACUGGAGGCUACAAUUGUCGAGCAUUUGACACAAAUAUCAAACUGUGUCUCUAGCGAUACUCAUCUCACUCCGGGUGAUGAGUUGGCCAUCCUGAACAUCCAACAUGCCAUCAGCGAAGACCCGGACGUGCCUAUCAAUACCGACCAAACCAUUGAGGGAUUGAGUAGUGAGCACACCAGGCUGCAGCAGAAUUUGAUAAAAAUGCAGAGUCUCGAAACGAGGCUGAAAGUAGAGUUAACUGAACUGAAAGAAAAGAUUGGUAAAAAGCAAAAUGAGCUGCUUAUCCUCGAAGAUUUGGAUGGACUGAAGGCAAGGUUUGAACAAAAGCGAGAACAGAUGAUCGCAGAACGGGCAAAACUUCAUGAGCGCGAGCCGUCCGUCAAACAGGAACUGGCUUCUGUACGUGGAGAGUACGAAGACAUCAAGUCGCAACUCGACAAAAAUGAAACUUAUUUACAGAUAAGCUCUCUGGAGGAUAAACUUGAAAAAUUGAAACAAAGUAAUGAAACAUUAGAGAAAUUUAUCAGGGAGGAACGCCAACGAGUGGAUUAUAACGCAAUUAAGAGCAGAGCACUCGAACUGGUGGAUCGAUAUAAUGUUAAAUUAAGAGAAAACGUCAAAAGAAUACAUUAGUUUAUCAGAAUUAUAUUUACUAUUAAGGAUAAUUUUAAAUGUUGUCAGUGUUUUUUUCUUUUGGUGUUUGAUUGUAGUGUAUCUGGCAAUGGAACUUUCUCAGACUUCAGCAAAUUUAUUAAAUUUUCGUUAAAUUCUCGUGAUGGAAUUAUGCCCUCUGCCUCCAUUGCAUCCCAUAUUUUUAGUGCUGUUUUGUAAUCACCGGAUGUACCUGUAUAACAAGAAUGAAAUAAAGAUUACAGGCACCAAUUGUGAACGAAAAA